UGUAAUUAUAGCAUGUAUCGUCGAUCAGCACCUACUAUUCUGGAUGAAGCGGGAUAUAACACGCUGUCAGACUGACGUCGGUGCUCCGGUUAUCACUUUGCCCCGGGAAGAGAAAAUAAGGAGGUUUUUUUUCGGGCGAAUCGCGCGUCGGAAUGAAUUUCCAGGACUUUGACCACACAGCAGCUCGUAAAGUGGAGGAGAAACCCGCUGCAACGUUUUACCAAAUAGGACCGAAGACUUGCAAAAGUCUUGCACGGAUUCAUCUUUCAACCGUUUUGUAUCUAUACGAAUAGUAAAACACUUUUUUUUUUUUUUUGUAAAAACGUGACUUUGUUGUCAGUUUGCUGCUGCCGUUUCCUAAUUUAUGGCGUUUGACUCUUAGGCGAUGUGAACGGUAUUUAUAAAUCAUUGAACUGCAUGUCUCCCUGUUUGCUGAACACAAGAUAACUGUCCCACUGGACGAGGAUUUAUACCAUGGCAACUCGGAUUGGAAUAAUCUGUCUUUUUCCUGUCUAUGAAAACAAUUGUCCUCUGUACUGAUGAAGUAAUGGGUCCGCAGCACAGAAGACAUCGAUAACCUCUGUGUCAGCACGUCCUUUACCCUCCUGAUCUUUCUCAGUUGUCAUUCUAUUCUAUGUUCAAGCUUUUAUCGUUUCUACAAUGGAAACGGUCGUAUUGAAGUUGCAACGCUCAUCGUUACUCUGAGCACCACCAUCAGAGCGACUCGUUGUAAGGACAGUCAGACUCCGUUGUAAGGACAGUCAGACUCCGUUGUAAGGACAGUCAGACUCCGUUGUAAGGACAGUCAGACUCCGUUGUAAGGACAGUCAGACUCCGUUGUAAGGACAGUCAGACUCGUUGUAAGGACAGUCAGACUCGUUGUAAGGACAGUCAGACUCCGUUGUAAGGACAGUCAGACUCCGUUGUAAGGACAGUCAGACUCCGUUGUAAGGACAGUCAGACUCCGUUGUAAGGACAGUCAGACUCGUUGUAAGGACAGUCAAACUCGUUGUAAGGACAGUCAAACUCGUUGUAAGGACAGUCAGACUCGUUGUAAGGACAGUCAGACUCCGUUGUAAGGACAGUCAGACUCGUUGUAAGGACAGUCAGACUCGUUGUAAGGACAGUCAGACUCCGUUGUAAGGACAGUCAUGUGGGGCCCUGCGCCACCAUCCCUGCAGGUCGCCGUAAAAGUCCUGAAACACGCCGCUGUCAAAGGACAGAUCCAGCUGAACCGCUGGCUCCAGAGACCCUCCCCGGACGAGUGCGAUAAAAUUGACCUCUUGAUAUGCAACACCUUUGACCAGAGAGGAGGCGCCGUCGGCAAGUCUGAUGGAGACCCGGAGAGCAUCGUUGACACUGGCGUGUCAUUCACCGGUGGCGCCACCAACGGGGAGUUCAGACACCCGUGUUGUAUUACCACGUGUUGCUUCAAGAGUGCCCUCCUGGCAUGCAUUCUGACAGCUGUGUGCUUCUCCUCUGUGGCUCUAGUCCGACAGUACCUCAAGGACCUUCUUCUCUGGGUGGAGAGCUUGGACAGCCUGGUUGGAGCCUUGCUCUUCAUAGUUGGUCUGAUCACUGUGUCCUUCCCAUUCGGCUGGGGGUACAUCGUACUGAACGUGGCUGCGGGAUACCUCUACGGCUUCGUGCUGGGUAUGGGACUGGUGAUGGUGGGCGUGCUCAUAGGUACCUUCGUGGCUCACCUGGUGUGUAAGAGACUGUUGACUGACUGGGCGGUCAACAAGGUGGCGAACUCUGAACAGCUCAGUGCUGUAAUCCGGGUGGUGGAGGGGGGGAGUGGACUCAAAGUGGUGGCCUUAGCGAGACUCACACCCAUUCCCUUUGGACUCCAGAAUGCCGUGUUUUCAAUCACAGACGUGUCGUUGUCAAACUACCUGGUGGCGUCGUCAGUCGGCCUGCUGCCCACACAGCUCCUAAACUCCUACCUGGGCACCACGCUGCGCACCAUGGAGGACGUCAUCGCAGAACAGAGCAUCAGUGGAUACCUGGUCUUCAGUCUACAGGUGAGUCAGUGGAUACCUGGUCUUCAGUCUACAGCUUGGCGCUACAGAUCUCCAGUAUGCGUUCUGAGCCCGGUGCGCUACAUUCCAGCUCCCCCCAUCUGCCGGGCUAGGGUGAGGAUCCAGCCAGGGCGGAUGGUGCUAGCCCUGCUCUCCAGACCUCCAGUGCGUCUCAUCGGGCCAGGAUAUCUAUCCUGCACCGGCUCUAAGCACGGUUUUCCCAGUUCGCCAGGAGAACCCAGUGCGGCCUGUUCCAGCUCCCCGCACAAAACCCCUCCAGAGCAAGGGCAAGGGAACAGACUCCUAAGCCAAAAGGACUCUGACAUCGGGAGGACGACCAGAAAGGUGCGCCGGAGAAGUGCGUCAUCGAGAAACCUGAACUGUCCCCUGAACGGUCCACACAGAGAAUCCUCUGAGACCUUCCCCACGUAA